GUCUGGGGGUAUCACCGGACGGGUCCACAGUGUCUCCCAACCCCUCCUGUCUCAGCCUCUAGUAUUUAUGCUGCAAUAGUUUGUGUCAGGGAGCUAGGAUCAGUCUGUUAUAUCUGGAGUAUUUCUCCUGUCUUAUCCGGUGUCCUGUGUGAAUUUAAGUAUGCUCCCUCUAACUCUCCCUCUCUUUUCUCUCUUCUCUCGGAGGACCUGGGCCCUAGGACCAUGCCUCAGGACUACCUGACCUGAUGACUUCUUGCUGUCCCCAGUCCACUUAGUCGUGCUGCUGCUCCAGUUUCAACUGUUCUGCCUGCAGCUAUGGAACCCUGACCUGUUCAACGGACUUGCUACCUUGUCCCGGACCUGCUGUUUUCGACUCUCUCUCUCUACCGCACCUGCUGUCUCUAACUCUGAAUGAUCGGCUAUGAAAAGCCCACUGACAUUUACUCCUGAGGUGCUGACCUGUUGCACCCUCUACAACCACUGUGAUUAUUAUCAUUUGACCCUGCUGGUCAUCUAUGAACAUUUGAACAUCUUGGCCAUGUACUGUUAUAAUAUCCACCCGGCACAAACAGAAGAGGACUGGCCACCCCUCAGAGCCUGGUUCCUCUCUACGUUUCUUUUUAGGGAGUUUUUCCUAGCCACCGUGCUUCUACAUCUGCAUUGCUUGCUGUUUAGGGUUUUAGGCUGGGUUUCUGUAUAAACACUUUGUGACGUUGGCUGAUGUAAAAAGGGCUUUAUAAAUACAUUUGAUUGAUUGAUUGAUCAGUUGUUUUUCUCACAAAAGUAGUGCACUGGGCAUUUACUUGUGUUAGAACACCGAUAUAGACAUAUGUAGCACAGGCAAAACUCUGCUUUGGCAAAAAAGUUAGUUGUAUAAUUAAGAACAGUAUCUUGCAGGAUUCAAUAGUUGUAAUUGUAAGACUUGUUGCCCUGUACCUUUCUCUGGGAUUGUCAUUCUAAUGGAAUCCAGAAAGAACAAACCCUGUCCUAAAACAUUUACAUCAAAAAGGUGCAAAGUUAUGGUCAAAGACACAAAACAUCCACAUCAAAUUAGAUCUUGUUCUUGAACCAAUAACAUGGAAAACAACCACUUUUUGUGCAGUAUUAAUUUACCAUCCUUACAAACCACAAAUGUACUUUACUGUAUUGUACAUUUGCUGGUAAUCUAAGUUUGUACGGGUAGACUUUUCAUCACCAUAAAGAAAAACAAUGCACCAUACAGUAAUCGAGUACAUUGAGACUAAGUGGUUUGUGAUGAUAUGAUGUGAUGAUCUGGCUUAGUUGGUAGAGUAUGGCCCUUGCAAUGCUAGGGUUGUGGGUUUAAUUCCUAUGGGGGACCAGUACGGAACAAGUAUGAAAAUGUAUGCACUCACUACUAUAUGUUGCUCUGGAUAUGAGUGUCUAUGGAAAAGGAAUGACUAGACCAUUAUAGCUUCACAUUGAAAUAAGUUGCAUUCGCAAAGUAUUUCGAAAAACUGGAAAACAUAUACUCAAGCAAGUAUUUUUAUAUUCCACACAUCAGAUUAACUGUUUUGUACAGAUAAUUAUCAGACUCAAGUUACAAAAGCUGGUAAACACUCAAAUACAUGUAGUUAUGUUUCUCUCUCACACAAGUAGUGCUUUACUUGUCCUGUAUUAGCGACAAAUACAGACAUCUUCAGUGUCCGUCAAUUUUUUUAAAUUAUAUAUCCACUACUGCAUCCAAAUCGCAGCACCCCCACCCCCAAACUACUCCCCCCACCUUCCCACGCACUCAGCUGUCCCCCAUAACCUCACCGCUGCAGUCCGAGCCACAGUCACCAGCGAGGCGCAGCGGAAAGGUGGGAUCCCCGAACCUACAGCAAAGCAGAGAUCAACUCCGGGGUGAAAACUGUCAACUGGAAACUUCAAGGAUGCCCAAUAAAUGGGUUAAGUACGAAAUAUACUUUGGAACAUCUACAGACAAAGUAAGCAAUCAUUUGAUUGGAUAAUUUUUGGGAAAGAAUUACGCUACUUAAAAAUAUUUUGGUGGAUUUCUAUGGACGCAGUCAUUUGACCAAAGCAGAUGCUCGCACAUAGCACGAAUAGAAUGUGCACUUCUGACAUUUUUCUUUAACCCUCAAACUGGAUUUACGAACCCUGAACGAGACGUUCUUGGAGUGUGUGGGAGCGCACGGCGCUGCGUCAAACGGAACAAUGAACGUCAGUCUGGGACUCACAAACAUCACCACCUGUGGAAACGAGUCCAUGGUGCUCAAACCGCAACAUGUCAAACAGAAAGAGGUGGACUCGCUGCGUAUCCUGCUCUAUUCGGUCAUCUUCCUCCUCAGUGUGUUGGGCAACCUGCUCAUUAUCGUGGUCCUGGCAGUCAACAAGCGCAUGAGGACGGUCACCAACUCCUUCCUGCUAUCGCUGGCAGUCAGCGACCUGAUGAUGGCCAUCUUCUGCAUGCCCUUCACCCUCAUCCCCAACCUCCUGGAGGACUUCAUCUUUGGACCCGCCAUGUGCAAGAUAGUGGUCUACCUCAUGGGUGUAUCCGUGAGCAUCUCCACCUUCAGCCUGGUUGCCAUAGCGAUCGAGCGCUACAGCGCCAUCUGCAACCCACUGAAGUCGCGGGCAUGGCAGACCCGUUCCCAUGCCUACCGGGUGAUCGCCGCCACCUGGCUCCUGUCCUUCAUGAUCAUGACCCCCUACCCCGUGUUCAGCCACCUGAAGCACGUCCCCCUAAAGGACAACAUCACCAUCGCACGCAUGUGUCGCCACAUCUGGCCCUAUCCAGAGGUGGAGCAGACCUGGAACAUGAUGUUGCUGCUUACGCUCUUUGUUGUUCCGGGGGUGGUGAUGAUUGUGGCCUAUGGACUCAUCUCCAGAGAGCUGUACCGGGGAAUCCAGUUUGAGAUGGUUCAGAAGACAUCAUCCCCCGGUCUAAAGAACGGCCUGACCACCACCGGGGCUUGCGGCAGCGACGACGGUGAUGGAUGCUACGUCCAGCUCGCUAAGCGACCGCGCUCCAUGGAGAUGUCCACUCUGACAUCAUCGACGGCAACCGCGUCCAAAUUAGAGCGUCCCCGCAGCAACACCUCGGAGGCCAAGCUCUUGGCCAAGAAGCGCGUGAUCCGGAUGCUGGUGGUGAUUGUUGCUCUGUUCUUCCUGUGCUGGUUGCCCCUCUACUGCGCCAACACCUGGAAGGCUUUCCACCCCGUCUCUGCCCGCCGUGCCCUCUCUGGUGCCCCCAUUUCCUUCAUCCACCUCCUGUCCUACACCUCAGCCUGUGUCAACCCCAUCACCUACUGCUUCAUGAACACACGCUUCCGCACGGCGCUGCUCGCCACCUUCGCCUGCUGCUGCCGCCCGCCCUGCCGACACAGACGCCACGUGCUGCGGGAUGGAGAGGAGGACGCCAUGGCUAUGGGGGUGUCCAUGUCCAAAUUUAGUUACACCACGGUCAGCACUAUGGGGACGUGCUGAGGGAGGAACUAUUGACUGACUGGGGGACGAGGGGAA